UGGAAAAAAAAAAAACCACCAUUUUCAUGUAUUUUAGUUCGUGUCUUUCUAACUGAAAUUUUUAUUAUUGCCGUCUUCCAAUUACUAAGACAGGCGUUGAAUUUUGAGGCAAAGCUAUCGGCAACCUGACGUCGACUUUGAAUAAUUCCUUAAAUUAAUCACUUGACUUACUGUCCUGUUCAUUAAGAAACGCACGUUUUUAUCCGGGCAUCACGUUAGAUCUUGAAUCGCGCUGACUUGAUCCUGCACAGGAAACAUUAGUUUUUACGAGGGUUGGUUUUGUUUCAGAAACAUAUUGUAGGCUGGAAAAAUGAAAGUAUGGUGAGGAAUAUGUCUUCGACGGCCAUGGCAAGAACAAGAAGCCGAAGCUUUGUCUUCCUUGUUCUGUUUCUUCAUCUACUACUCCUCCUCUCAACGGGAUCCGUGCAUUCGAGAAAACAACAUGUUGCCUUGUUCAUAUUCGGCGACUCUUUCUUAGACGCCGGCAACAACAAUUACAUCAACACCACAACCCUCGACCAAGCAAAUUUCUGGCCUUACGGGGAAACCUAUUUCAAGUUCCCAACUGGGCGGUUUUCUGAUGGCCGAUUGGUGUCAGAUUUUAUUGCUGAAUAUGCCGAGUUGCCAUUGAUUCCACCGUUUCUGCAGCCGGGUAAUCCUCAAUAUUACAACGGAGUGAAUUUUGCGUCUGCCGGAGCGGGGGCUCUUGUUGAAACCUUUCAAGGCGAGGUUAUUGAUCUUAAGACACAGCUAAGUUACUAUAAGAAGGUGGAGACUUGGUUGAGACACAAGUUAGGCAAUGAUGAAGCCAAAAUGACAUUGUCAAGAGCUGUCUACCUAUUUAGCAUUGGAAGCAAUGAUUACUUGAGUCCCUUCUUAACCAAUUCCACUGUACUCAACUCCUAUUCCAAAUCAGAAUAUGUUGGGAUUGUAAUUGGAAACUUGACAGCCGUCAUCAAAGAUAUAUAUAAAAGAGGUGGUAGGAAAUUUGGGUUCAUCAAUUUGCCACCCUUGGGCUGUCUUCCAGGCAUGAGAAUCAUCAAACCAGAAAACAAUGGUAGCUGCUUGGAGGAAGCUUCCUCGCUAGCAAAGUUACACAACAGAGCUUUGUCCAUGCUCUUACGAAAAUUAGAGAGGCAGUUAAAGGGGUUCAGAUAUUCAAUUUUAAACUUCAACAUCAAUCUCAGACAAAGAAUGAAUCAUCCCUCAAAAUAUGGUUUCAAGGAAGGGAAAGGGGCAUGUUGUGGGACAGGGAAGGUCAGAGGAGUGUUCAGCUGUGGUGGAAAAAGAUUAGUGAAGGAGUUCCAACUCUGUAAGAAUCCCAACCAAUAUGUGUUUUGGGACUCUUACCAUCUCACAGAAAGGCUUCACAAACAAUUGGCAGAUCAAAUGUGGAAUGGGGCAAGCAAAGCCAACCAUGUGGGGCCUCACAACCUGAGGGAUCUAUUCCAAUCUCUUUAAGUCUUUUUGCCUAUGAAACUAAUUUGUCUUUAAAUGCUUCAAUCUUACAUGAAUUAGAACAAAUGACAUAGAAGUUGUGACUCC